CAUAUUCAUACAGGGAUACUAUCACACUCAAAUGGCAAAUAUUCAGAUGAGUCCCAAAGAGGAGCUGUUGGAGAGAUUCCUGGAUUAUGCUUCCAGAGGAGACCUGGCAAAAGUCUCUGGGAUGAUCUCUCAUUCCAUCUUUUUGGUCAAUGAAAGUGGGGAAGAAUGGCUGGACUGCGUUGAUGCUAGCUGCAAGGAAUGGACACGCUGACAUUGUAGACAACCUACUUUCAAAUGGGUAAAUAUGAAAAAAUACUGAACAAAUAUGACAUGGACAUAUGAGAUUAUUACAACAGUUUUACAUUGUCUAAAUAUUACUUUCUAAGUAAGUGACAACUAUUACUCCAUUGUGUAUGUUUUGUUUGACACAGGAGAUUGUAGGUCUAUUAGGAUAAAAUCAUGUUUCAAACAAGUAAUGAUGCUCUCAUGGAAUGUCAUUCUUGAACACUACAGAUAUAUCAUAGAAAUCAAGUUAUUUUUGUAUUUGAAAAUGGCAUGGGAUGCAUUUGUUUGUUUAUGUUUUUAUGGUGGCCCACUUUGAGUAUUCACAUCUUGGAGUGUGUGCCUUUAAAUGUCUAACCAUAUGGUUAAAAUAAUACCAGGGGUGUAUUCAUUAGUGUACAUCAUAGCAAAACAUUUCCCAAUGGAAAAAGUGAUGUAAUGAAAACAAGAGUUUCUAUUAUACCAAUUCAGGUAUGUCCCUCCCCAUUUUGUCCUGUUUGCUUCCGUUUGGUUCCUAGUGAAUACACCCCAGGUUAAUUACCUGAUGACAGAUGAUUAACCAUGUAAACAUGAAGAUAACACCCUAAUUAGUUGUACUGAUCACACUUCUCUUUCCCUCAAGGUGUGACAAGUUUUUAGUUAAUAAAUCUGCUCAAACUGCCUAUGACAUUGCCAAAUUCUGGGGACACCGACAUAUUGCCAGGUUGUUGGCAAAGAGUGAGAACAAAUGUCAACGGAUUCUACCCAGCGACAGAAUGGAAGAGCAUGAAAACUACUUCAACAGAGAAGUUUUCAACAGAAUGAGUGAAAAGAGGCCUGACAGCAAGUGGCUAGAAGCAAAACAGUCUUCUCCAGACACAGUGUUCAUCUUGUUCUUUAACUUGAACCCGCUUGUGUCUGCUUCCGAGGAGAGCAACACAGCCCAUCCAGGUAUAAAACUGUGUAGACUUGAUGCAAGCUCGGUUAAUAAAGAACUACUUAAAAAAUCUGGAACAACAGUCAUCUUCCUCGGGGUAGAGAAGCAGAGAAGCCCCCCAUCCUCUCCUUCAACAGAAAGGAAUGAACCCACUGCUUGGUUUGCUCUCAAUACUGAUGACAAUCCCAUGGAUCAUCUCCAACUCACCAAUCCAAAUAGCUUCUUCCUCAAACCACCCAUGCCAGGCCUUCUAAAACUUAGUGAGGCUGAGGCUGGUGAGUAGUUCUCUGGGAGGUUCUUCAUCAAAAUAUUAUUGAAACAGCAUACAAAAUGUAGACUUACUAACCCCACAAAAAUGAUGAUCCCUUUUCCCUCAGGAAUCAUUGCUCAAGCCAGAUCUGUCCUCGCCUGGCACAACAGAUACAGCUUCUGCCCAACAUGUGGCAGUAACACCAAAGUGGAGGAAGGAGGCUAUAAGAGGACCUGCUUCAACAAAGACUGCAGAAGCCAACAAGGCAUCCACAACACUUGUUACCCACGAGUUGGUAAAGAGCCUCCUGUUUUUGUAUUUGUUCAUUGAAACUGAACUACUGCAUGUUUUUUUUCUCUUAAUCAUUAUUAUAAUGUUCUAACCUCAAAAUCAGGUCAAAAUGAUCUGACUUAUGUAAUGUUAUGUUAUGUGUCAUGUUAUCCAUGCAGAUCCUGUGGUGAUCAUGUUGGUCAUUCACCCAGAUGGCAACCAAUGCUUAUUGGGCCGAAAGAAAACUUUUCCUGCUGGGAUGUUUUCAUGUCUUGCUGGAUUCAUUGAACCAGGUAGUUGAUCUCAACACGCUAAACAAAACAUUUAACAUUUACUCUGAUUUGGAGUGUGCAGAUAGAUGCCAGUGAAAUCUCUCUAUGCAGGUGAGGCCAUUGAGGAUGCAGUUAGGAGAGAGACGGAGGAGGAGAGUGGGGUUAAAGUGGGUCCUGUUCAGUAUGUGUCCUGUCAGCCCUGGCCAAUGCCCUCCUCGCUAAUGAUUGGUUGCCUGGCUGUUGCCAUGUCAACAGAAAUCAAAGUCGAUGAAAAAGAAAUUGAAGAGGCUUGUUGGUUUACACGGCAACAGGUAAAUGCUAGUUUUCUUAAUCUGUGAUUUACAUGUUAUAACAUAGGCCUAGAUAGAAAUGAAACAUCACCUGAAUGUAACAAGAUGUCAGUGAACUUGUAUUAUUAUAAUGUAUUAACUCAGUGCUAUGUCUGUGUAAUGCAGGUUAUAAAUGUCAUUGUCAAGGGAACGAAACCAGCCUUUACCAUGCCACCAAGACAGGCCAUUGCACAUCAGUUGGUGAAACAUUGGAUUGGUAUGAGCUCAAAUCUUUAAACCUAAUGAAGGGCACUUCUCCAGGAUGGAUUACACCGCUAAAUGUCAUUUAUAAUGAAAUACAGUAGAAAAAUCAAUGAAUGAAUUAUCAAAACAUUCUAAUGUCUUAUUUUCCAUCCAAUCAAAGUAGUGUUUACUAUAACGCCUAAGGUAUUAUCACAUUUAAGACAUUUUUAUGGUUGUGUAAUAUUGGCAUAAAGUGAUCAAAGUAGAUUUGAUUUUAUUUCCACUAUUCCACUGUGCCUUAGAUAUGAACUAGACCAAUCUAUAAUGUUGUAUGGAAUACUUUUUCAUCAUUGCAGUAUUUUAAGUGGAUAAAAGUAUGUUAAGAAAAAGUAGGCCAUUUAAAGGGAUAAUCCACCCCCAGAAAAAAUGUUAACUCCUGUCAAUUUUGUGAAAGCCUAUGUUCUAUCAGUGAGUACAAUAAAAAUCUUCCCCGUGAUUUAACUUCUAAGUGGUCUGUCUGUG